GUCCACGCCAAUCUCCCCAUCCGAGCUCCGAGCUCCAUCUCUCUUCUUCCUCCUCGAUCCCUCCCUCCCAAUCCACCCCCUCCACCACAGCCGCAUUUCCUUCUCCGCCGCCGCCGCCGCCGCAUUUCCUGGGUUCGGCCAGAGCUGCUUCUCCGCUUGGUGCCCUCGUUGCGCCGGUUUCCCUCGCCGGCGGGGAUUCGCCCGCCCCACUCGUGCCGCGAGCCUGAGCACGCAGUAGGUCUUUCGGCUGCCCCUGGUUAUUACUGGCAUUCUGGUUGUGAUGGAGUGAUUUGGAAGACUUGGCCGCCCGGAAGCUUUGUUGGUGGAUCCGAUGGGGAGCACUGAUCCUAGCACGCCGUCCAAGGCUUCAAAGUCGUCGGAACAGGAGCAACCUCCAGCCACUACCUCUGGAACUACAGCUCCAGUUUACCCUGAAUGGCCCGGCUUUCAGGGAUACUCAGCGAUGCCACCACAUGGGUUUUUCCCCCCUCCUGUUGCUGCAGGCCAGGCUCAUCCAUACAUGUGGGGAGCUCAGCAUAUGGUACCACCUUACGGGACCCCUCCACCACCUUAUAUGAUGUAUCCACCAGGAACAGUAUAUGCCCAUCCCUCCACUCCUGGUGUGCAUCCAUUUCAUUAUCCUAUGGCAACAAAUGGAAAUGUUGAACCUGCUGCAGCUGCUCCAGGUGCUCCAGAAAUGAAUGGGAAAAAUGAGCCCGGCAGAACAUCUGGUCCAUCUACCAACGGGGUUACUUCCAACAGUGAAAGUGGAAGUGAUAGUGAGAGUGAAGGAAGUGAUGCCAAUUCUCAAAAUGAUUCACAUUCAAAGGAGAAUGAUGUAAAUGAAAAUGGCAGUGCUCAGAAUGGUGUAUCUCAUUCAUCUUCGCAUGGCGUAUUUAAUGAAACCAUGUCAUUGGUUCCAGUACAAUCAGGUGCACUGAUAGCGGGAGUUGCUGGUCCUGCGACAAACUUGAAUAUAGGAAUGGACUACUGGGGUGCUACUGGUUCUUCACCUGUUCCUGCAAUGCGCAGCAAAGUAGCGUCUGGUUCAGCUCGAGGAGAGCAAUGGGAUGAAAGGGAACUGAAGAAGCAGAAAAGGAAGUUGUCUAAUCGGGAAUCAGCACGCAGGUCCCGUUUGCGCAAGCAGGCCGAGUGCGAAGAGCUCGGCCAACGCGCUGAAGCUUUGAAGGCGGAGAACUCGUCUCUUAGGGUUGAGCUCGAACGGAUCAAAAAGGAGUACGAGGAACUUCUUUUAAAGAAUACUUCUCUAAAGGAGAAGCUAGGGGAGACUGGCGGCGAUGCGGUACCCGACAUGAACGAGCGGAACGACACCAACGGCAGCCACCACGAGCAGAAGGAAGCCUUGGAGAGCGAGAUACAGUAUCAGGGUUUGCUGCUAGCAAAACCCCACGCACUUGCCCUUGCCUCUUCUCUUCCCCACCGCCACCACCCCCCGCCGCGCCCUCCCCAUCCCGCUUCCGCCGCCGGCGAGCCGGGGAUGGCGGACUUCGACGACGACUGGUUCGACGAUAACGCGCAGUUGCUUGACGCGAUCUGCCGCGACGCCGAGGAGGCCUCCGCCUCCCGCAACCCUAGCGCCACUCCUGCUCCAGUCACCCAGUACCUUCCCGCCGCCCCCGCCGCCGCCGCCGCCGCCGCAUCUUGGCCCCCUUCCUGCUUCUCCACCACCGCCACCACCUCUUCCGCCCCCCUCUCCCGCGUCCCCGCCGCGCCCCAUGCCUCCGCCACGCCCCUCCCCCGCAUCCCCAAUGUCGCCGCCGCCUCCCCUUUCCCCCUCCCCCGCACCCCCGCGGCGGCCCGCGCGCCCGCCCCCGACUUCUUCUCCCCUCCGCGCGAGCUCUCCCAGCGCGCCGCGGCCAGCGGCGGCGGCUUCUCCCCGCCGCGCGAGCUCUCCCAGCGCCCGGCGGCGGAGGAGGACAGCGAGUGCCAGAUCAUCGAGGCGAUGGGCUCCACGACCACCGACCGGGCCAGGACCGUGCCGCCGAGGGACGCUAGGGCGGCGAGCCAGGCCCGCGUCAAGACCUUGCCCAGGGGGAGGCAAGCUAGGGCGGCGGAGAGCAAGUCGGUCGAGGAGAUCAAGAUGCAGAGGGAGCUGGAGCGCGUCUUGAAGCAGAUGAACGACAUGAAAAACGAGAACACGGAGCUGAAGAAAGGCAUCAAAAAUAAAGACCUUGAAAUCGAGGCUAAAGAAGCAGAAAUUCAUAUUUUGAAGAAGGCGAAUCUCAAAGAUAUUUGCAGUACAAGGAUGGAUAUUGAUCAUGCCCCUGCAAAUGAGGCUUUGCAAGCUGGGGGUUCUUGUCGCACAUCCACAAGGAGAGCAGACAAGUUGAAUGGAAAAAAUAAGGACCUCUGUUCUUCCCGAGAUGGAACAAGUACCUCAGGAGCAUAUUUGGAGGAGAAUGCACACCUUGAAUUAAAAAAUAACAAAUGCACGGACAAUAAGGCUAAAGGAGUCCAAACAGAUCUUCCAGUGAACAAUGAACAUCUUGAGCACAAGAAAGUACCAAUAAAUAACAUCUCUAGCAGCCUCUGUGCAAUCUGGGGUAGGCCAGCUAACAGUAUGCUGGGGAGGAGUCUGAUCUCAAAGAUCCUUGCUUCUUGCUCAGAAGAAAUGUUGACACUUCUCCAGUCUACGAGAUCGCCAGACAAGUGUGAAAACUCUUCUGAAGGGAGCUCCUCAAUGCAUAAUGCUAUAUCAGAAGUAUAUGAUAUUAUCAUCAAGGUGAAUAGUGACGCAGUACCUGUACAAACUCUUCUUGAAGCAUUGCUAAAUCUGUGUGUUGUUGGUAAUGUCGUUGUUGUUGGUAGGGCCCUGCGGAUAUUGUAUAGCAUCUUGCAAAACUUGCUAACCCAUGGAGUCAAGUCUAACCAAAGGAACAAUGUUAUUAUUGGGACGAAUGCUAACGGUAACAUGGAAAUGGGGAGUAACAGUAGGUUGCUUAAUGCACCUGGCAUGGAGAAUCUAGUAAGAAGUGAAGAUGGACUUCACAUUGGAAAUAUGUUUCUUCCUUCUACAUUCUGGCCUUCAUUCUUCACUGCUGUGCUACAAAUUGCGCUAAAGUAUUCAGAAGAGAGUAUUCGUGUUGAUGCACUAUCCAUAGUUAUUCUCGUUGUAAGGACAAGUGAUCCCAAAGUGGAACGUGAAAAAUUUGGAUUUACUUCUGUAAUGGAAAGCUUACAUCCAUUGUUGCAGAAGGAAAAUGGAUUGCUUGUAAAGAAGCAUUCUGUGCAUCUACUUUUUUUGCUUUUGAACUGCCCAACGAUGUUGAAGCUUCUGUGCAAUGGAGGUACAGAUGGCUCUGAAGUGAUGGAAGCUGUUGGAUCUGAAAAUGAUAGAUCACAACAAGCUAUAAGCGCAGUACUUCAGGACUUGUCUGAAUGUUUUACCUGUGAGGCAACAUCUUCUCUGGAGCUCAAGCUUUGUCGUCUAGUUGUCAAUCUAUUAGCAUACAUAGCAUCUAGUGGCAAGUUGGGAUAUCAAGUGCUUCUAGAUUCAGUGACUGCCAAUGGUUCCAGCUUUUUGGAGUUGAUCAUGGAAGUCCUUGCUUCCCAGAUGGAACAGGAGGUUGAUUUUUCAACUGAGGCACACGAGCUAUUGAAAGAAAGGUAUUUGCUGAUGAGAGAAGCCCUGAUCCUUCUGAACCGAUUAGCUUCACACGCUAUGUUUUCGAAGCCAACUCUGGAAGUGUUGGUAGGCAGUGGUAACCAGUGCGCAAGCUUGACAAUUGAUACUGCGAACCGGCUUCCCCAGAGGAGCAAGUACCCCUUGAGGCACCUUACCGAGCUGAAUCCCCAGAUGGCGAACGACCUCGCAGAGCUGGCCCAGAAGUUCCGUUCGCGAGUGUACGGUUUCCUGGAAGAGCAACAGCAUUCAAAGGCUGACCGUUCCAGUUCAAGUGGUCCGGCCAAGAGUCUGCGACUGCCUCCUAGAGUUCCAAGAUAGUUGGGUCUAUCUUAGCUUACUGGAGAUUGUUUUCUUGAUUUUUUUUUUCUUUUGGGCUAACCGUAGUAGGGUCUUUCUGGGUAGGGCGAGUAGGUAGGUUUUGGCUGGUGGUGUACAGUGGGGUGUGAUUCCUCGCCAUUUUGGGGAUGUGUAAGUUUGAAAACUCGAGGGAAUGUGUUGUUAGAAUUGUACUGAGAAAUUGGCAUACGGCACAACAGCAGUUCGUGGCAAGAUAGUCAUCUUUCUUUUUUGUA